UGUGUCCGAGAAAAUCCGCAAUUCUCCCCGUGUCGUCAACAGAGGGUACUGAACCUCUGAAGUGUUGCCGCAAGCAUGUUGUGACGUGUACGAGCGUAUAAGUAUAUGGUGGACGAUGGAACAGUGUGUGUUGAUCUCGUAUACGUGACCUAGCUACGAUCGAGUUACGUACAAAUAGAGCGCCGAGGUGCUAGUAUAAUUAUGCUAGUAUAUGCUCUGUAAAUUCGCGAGUGAUGCACCAACGCGACGUUUUAGUUUAUCGUACGAGAUAUCGCUCCAAGCCUUUCACAUUCUAGAAAUCUUCGCUGGGCUUAUUCAUUCAGAUGUUAGCGACACCUGCUGCGAAGAUCACCGGCGCUUAUCUAACCGAUACAGGAUCUGCGAGUGUGCAAGACUGUGUUUUGAUGAUACACCGCAGACGUUACCGCGUGGGAGGGUUGUUGUUAUUGAUGUUCGUGGUUGCUAUACCUACCCUCCAGUUCAUUAUCGGUCUCGGCGAAUUAGAAAUAGACGACCUGCGUUGCCAAGUACGCCUAGCACCACCCAAAACAUUCCCGCCAGUCGCAUUGGCAAGUUUCCCUGGCUCCGGAAACACGUGGACACGUCAUCUGAUAGAGCUUCUAACCGGAUAUUUCACCGGAAGCAUAUAUAACGAUGCGCCCUCCUAUUUUAAAGGCUUCAUUGGGGAGAUGGAAAAUUCGACUGCUGGAACAACGGUAGUAGAAAAGACUCACGGGUAUGGCGUGAACACAGUACAUAUGUACCAGAAAGUCAUCCUGCUUGUUAGAAACCCAUACGAUGCUGCCGUGUCCGCUUACAACCGAAAGCUGAUGCUAGACGCGACCCGGAGCGCACCGGAAAAGGCAUUCAGUGAAAAAGGUUGGCGACGAGCAUCGAGGAGGUUGGUGCUCAAGUGGCGAACGCUAAACCUCAGCUGGCUAUCGCACGCGAAACAACUUCUCGUCGUCUACUACGAAGACAUGCUUGUCGACACGAGCGCGCAGCUACGACGCAUCGUCGACUUUCUCGGCGUCGACGUCGCGCCGAACGGACUGCGAUGCGUCGCCGAGUUUCGCGAGGGACGUUUUCGGCGCAAGAAGAGCAAGAAUCUCCGCGAGGUGGCGUUCGCGUCGCUGGCCGAUAGCGACGUGCUUGACGUCGCUAGGGAGGCGAUGGGUGGCGUAGCGUUUGCAAUGAGGGAGCACGGACAUAGAGCCGUGCCAGCUUUAUGGGCGGUAAUCAGAGAAGAGACCGAACAUGCUGUUUAUGGCAACGAAACCACUGUCUAGUAUUCAUAGGGGGGUUUGGUGCUUGACGCAACACUGUUCAAUUGUUCACUGAGUUGUUGGCGGGCGGCUUACUUACUGGCCCAUGUCCAAGGUAUGCUCUAUUUGCCAUAAACAUUACACGCUAAAAUAAAUCGGUUCAAAACCUAGCUGUUGUCGUAUGGAGGGUGGGUGGGAACGUGCCUACUCUCAUGUCGGUGAACGUUACGAGUAGGCCCCUAAUUAUAUUUGACAAGAAUAAUGCUUUCCUGACAGGACAUGCUAGUUCCCAACAAAACGUAUCUAACAAAACGUAUCAAAGAAAGCGUUAUGCUAUUGAUGGCAGUAGUAGGCCUACAGUGUAAACACAGUGUACGUUAUAGGUUCUUUGGAAGUACUGCUUAUCAAUGAGUUCGCAAACUCCCGCGGUCACGCAGAGCCAACACAAACAAUUGCAACGCGUGAAAGAAUUUGUGUCUGACUUUUCAGCAAAAAUUAAACAUUUAACUUGAAAAUAAAAAUUUAUAUACUUGAUUUUACUAUA